GGACAUAAUCGGUUUAAAAAAAUCAGUCUGAAAUUUUUGUAUCUAUUAUUGUUGCAAAUAACACCUGAAGAGUGCUCUAAAUCAAUUACCAAAAUGUUCUCUCCAUAUUUUUCCAGUUUGUUUAUUUUGUACACUCAUUUUCACUGUUUUUCUUGUACAGUUAACUAGAUAAUCAGAUUCCCUUGUUGUCUGAAUGUUUCUCUCACACAGGAACAAGAGAGAAAAAUAUUUUACAAAUAAGAAAAUGUGAUUGUAAAACCACAAAAAAUGGGCAGAAGGGCUUAGGAAUGAUGUAGUACCUGAAACUACUUUUAACUAGUUGUUGUUGUAGUAAAUUGACUAGAUUUCAAAUUGAUGAUGUCCAUGUAACAUCAUACAUUUAAAGCAUAUACAAGUAACACUUUAGACUAUUAAAACAGAAAGAUGUUUUUCUACUUUACUUUCACUAUUUCAUUUUCAGAUUAGUCUGUACACAAUGCUGUAAUAUUUGGGUUUGCAAAUACCUGUAUGGCAAGGGAAUGUUUUAUUUGUUUAAAACUAAAAACAAAACAAAAAGCUGUUUCCAGUGGAAUUUUAAAAACAAAUUAAAUGGGAAAUUUUUGCUAGCCAUUGGCUUUAUACAUUUUUGUUUUCAAAUAGACUGUAUUUUGGAAAUCUCUCUUUAAGAGGCCCAUUAAGGAAGUCCAUAUAGAAAAUGUUGGGUGUGCAGAAAAUGCAGGAUCAGUCCCAAGUAUGAAAUUUGAGCACACACAUUUGAACCUCUUUGGAAACAAUGAAUCUAUUGAGCAACACUUCAUAACAUAUACAGUCUAGCUCUGGGUUCAGAAAGCAGCUAACCCAUUGAUUACAGAUGCUACUAUAAACAAAAAUACUUUAUAUUUUUUGUAUUUUCCCAUUUACACUUUUUUGGGUCUACACUACAGGGUACUGUGUUACAUGCUUGAUUUAAAACCUAGAAUCAGUGCACAGGUAAAAUCUUGGCCCUACUGAAGUCAAUGGGAGUUCUGCCAUUGACGCCAGUGGAGUCAGGAUUUCAGCCAAUGUACUUUGUGGAGUUCUCCCCACCCCAGAGAGAGAGAACAAGAAAGAUGAGGAAACUAGGUUUUUGGAUAUAAGUUACCAGGGUAUAACUAAGCUCCAUUAUACCAUAUAACUCUUUAUCAAUCCUCAAGUCUUUACUUACAAAAAGUUCACAGGGACUACAGUGAGAGUUCUUACUUACAUAAUUAAUAUUUUAUUAAUGUUCACAAUGAAAGAUUAACACCUAUAGGGAGAUUUUCCUCUGAAUUACAAGCACUUACAACCCAAGUAAAAGUAUUUUGUAAAUAAUAAUAAUAAUAUACUCCAAACAAAAAUGAAAGUGAACAAGUAUAUUCAAACAUAUUAUUUGAUAUAUUCUUCUAGCCAAACUAAUUCCAAAUCAAUCACAGCAAAAUAAACAAAAUAACAUUCAUGCAUGCACCCACAUACACCAUCAUCAAAUUAGAGAGGACAAUGUAAAACAGCUGACCUAUAAGCCUCAUUCUUCUAUUUCCACUUCUUUUUUUACUUUUCUGCCUGUUCCUCUCUGUCUCUUCCUCCCCAUAGCCCUUUUGACUUUGUUCACUACUCUCAUCUCCAUCCUAUAAUAUGAUGACUUCAAUGGGACUUAAGCAUAUGCUUAAAUGCUUUGCAGAAUCAGAUUACAAUGUCUUUGGAUUUAAUUAAUAGAAGUUUAUUAACUUUUUGUUUGUUUUUGUUUACACAGGAGAGCACUAAUGACAGCCGAUCUCCAACUUGAGAGAACCAGUCCCUGUCAUAUAUGAAAUAUCUGGCAUACAUUCAGUAGUUUUGCCUGAGCAAAGGCUGCAGAAUCAGGUCCUUCAGGAGGUAUUAUUUUACAGAGAGUGGUGAAUUGGUGAAAAGGACUGCCAGCUGAGAUGGUGGAGUCAAGUAUAGUAGUAAUGUAGUUAAAGCAAAACUUGGGUUACUAUAUGGGACUGAAUAAAUUAAAGGAAUAUUAGUCAGUUUUGUGAUUGGGAUUAUCUGACAGUCCUUUCUGAAAGUCAGGAAGGAAUUUUUCACUGAUUGUUCUGAGCUUCUCUCCAAAUGAUUUUUGUUGUUGUUUUCAAGGGACAGUUUUAUGUCCUCUGGCACAAAGACAAAAAACCCCAAACUGGAAUAAAGUUUACAUUAAAAAAAAAAUUAAAUGUAGAGGACAGAGCUAGCAUAAUGAUCCUUAAACAAUUUCAGACAUGAAAGGAUUCAUGGCCUGUUUCUGGUCUUACAUAAUAAUGGGUCAAAUUCUGCCCUCAUUAAUUCGUUGCUUUCUGUCCGCUCUCCACCACUUCACUGAAGUAUGGCCCUAUGAGAUUAGAAAAUAGAUUAGAAAUGGGAUCUUUCAUGAGACAUGUUUUUUAAAUAUCAAAUAACAAAACAGAAAUUAUAAACAAAAACUAGUAUGCAGUGUUAUUGUAGCCAUGUCAGGAUAUUAAACUUGUCUCUCUCACCAACAGAAGUUGGUCUAAUAAAAAGAUAUUACUUCACCCUCUUUGUCUCUCUAAUAUCCUGGGAUCAACACAGAUAAAAUAACACUGCAUACUAAAGCAGUGAUCCACAAUUCUGCAAGUAGGAAUCCUGCUGUUUGCUCUAGUUGACAACUUUUGGGGUUUCUAUUCUAUUCCUUAUACAACAACCAAUAGUGCAAGUGACAUUACUGGCAUCAGUCAAACAUGGUCUUUCCUUCUUUAUGUCUUCCCUUUCUCAGGGAGAAAAUCGUGUGAGAAUUUAUAUAAUAUAUGAUGUGUUUAUAUUAGCAAAGGUUGAAGAAGUGAACCUUCCAGUUGAAUGGAAGGUGUUGAGGUUUUUGAUAGUUCCUAGAUCCUGUGGAAGUUGUUUCCACAGUCUUGGACUGAUUCCUAAGAAAGCUCUCUUGUACACAUUCUUGCUGUAGACAGGUCCAUUGUGUCAGAGGAAUGAAGUUGUCAUCCACAGUUCCUGUCCUAGUGUAUUAGAUGGCUUAUGUUACACUUGAGUACAUGCAUGUGGGUUUGGGACAGAAAGGUUUUGCACUGCAAGUGAAGGUCUAUUUGCUCUCUUGCUCAAGUUUUUGAGCUUCACCAUGGAUUUGCAGCACUGCUACUGCUUCAGGGGUUGGAUGGUUUCAGAGCUGCUCUUGUUGAUUACAGGUCCCUGUCCACCUGGGAAGUCACAAAUGGACUGUAGAAAUGUAUCUGAGAACAGCAAGGAGAUCUCCAGCUCUUGUUUGGAGCCUGACUCACUGCUGCCCCCAGCAUCUGGCAGUGAUUCUUCCUCCUCCUCCUCAGCCGGACAACGAGUUGGGGCAACUGCUGGGAGACCAGCAGCUGCAAAUGCUGCCCGGGAGCGUAGCCGAGUGCAGACCCUGCGCCAUGCCUUUCUGGAGCUGCAGAGGACCCUGCCCUCUGUGCCACCUGACACCAAGCUCUCCAAGUUGGAUGUGCUGCUCCUGGCCACCACCUAUAUUGCACACCUCACCCGUAGCCUACAGGAUGAGGAAGAGUUGCCUGGGGAGGGCUUAGGCACCCUGAGAGGGGAUGGCUACCUGCACCCGGUCAAGAAAUGGCCAAUGCGAUCCAGGUUAUAUAUUGGAGCUACAGGACAGUUUUUGAAUCACUCAGUGCAAGCGGAAAAUGCAAACCAAGGAGAAACAUCAACAAAUUCACAAAGCUAAUCUACCUUGUCCUUUUUGAAAAUUAUGAUAUUUAUUACACCAGAUAUAUUUAAGUUAAAACACAUUUUCAGACAAACUAUAAUUUCUGAUAUAUUGUUAAUGGAUGAGAGAGAAUUGAUUCUUAAAUGCAUGUAAAGCCACAUCAAGUAAAUGUGAAAUUUAAUUUGUCCCUAGCAGUGGUGGAGAUUGGUGAUGUCCAAAAUGGGUGGGCAAAACUGACAGACAAUUGCACUCAGAACUAACUUAAAGCAGCAGGCAAUGCAGUGAUACUCUUAAUGCAUCAAUACAGAGUAGGUACUGUACCAUACCCAAAACGAAGGAUUCACAGAAUAUGUUAUGUAGGAACAAAUGCAAUAUAAAACUAUAUACAGUGCAUUGCAAGUUUCAACUAAAAAGCAAACACAAGGAUGUCUAAAGAAAUACAAACAAGUCCAAAGAGAUAUACACUUUCUACACUGUGGAUGAAAUCCUGGCUCCACUGAAGUCAAUGGCAGAACUCCCACUGACUUCCAUAGGAUCAGGAUUUUACCCUAAUAAUCUAAGAUCUUAAAUUUCUGAAUUUUCUCUGAAAAUGUGAAUGUAUGUUCAUUGUCACGUGAAAGGUGUCCUGUAAUCCACACCCCCCGACACACAUAAACAAAUGCAAACUGCUUUGUAGAUUAAAUGUAGCAGUAAUAUAUGUUUACAAUAUAAAUUAAACAUUGCUUGUACUGGUCUGUAUUAUGGUGUCACACGUUACAUGGUUUGAAAUGUACAAAAUGUGUUUGGGGAUUAAUUCAAAGGUAUAACUUGUUUGCUUACAUAGCAGGAAUUAUUUACUUUGUCUUUAAGGAAUGUGAUGUAUUCAAGAAAACUGAGCCUUUAUGUUAGGCUGAUUCACGACACCCUGUUCAGUUCAAACAUUUGCUGUAAAUAGGCAACUGUAUCUGAAAUUAAAUACAUAGUGAGAUAUCAUUCAAUAGUUUCCAUUAUGUAAAACUUUGUACAUGGUCUACACAACUUACUGUUGAUGCUAAAACUAACAUUUUAUUAAAUAUUCUUAAUUAGAAACUUCUACAUAAAUUCAGCUAGGCUGCAAAUUAAUUUUUUACAAUCUGCAUCAGCUUAAUUUCCGAUUGCACAGGAAACAAACUUUUAUAAUAAUCAUACUUUGCACCUUUAUAGUAAUGUCCAUCUGAGGCUGUCUUAAUGAUUUAGGCCUCACAAUUCAAUUUCACAGAUUAAUGAAAUUAAGCACUGAGGGAUCAAGUUUUGUAAAAGUGCCCACUAAUUUUG